AUGAACAACUUUUCUACUGCAAAACUUGCGGAUUAUUUCAAUCAGAAUGAACUACCUCGAUUGCCAAUUUUAAACUAUCCAUGUCAUACACAAAGCGUUGAGUGUAUUGUUCAAGAAGUUGGCAAAGCUUCUAAGAUGGCUUGCGGAUUUGAAGCACGAGAUGGCCUAGUUCUGAGUAAAAUAAGUCAUGGGAAACUCAUGCCCAGUCUUCGCACUAAGGCAGAUUACAAGAUUUCCAUAGAAGAAAAAUCCAUUGUGUAA